UUAAGUAUUCAGUAUAAUUUCCAUUUAAACGUACCGUCAAACGAACCAACUUAAUAUUUUACAGAUUUCAUCACUUCAUUUUUGUCAACAAUAUUUUGUGUUUCUUAACAAUACUGCUGAUUGAAAAAUGUGUGUAAAAAGUAUCUGCAUUGUAAAAGGCAAUUACGCUGCAUUAUGCGCCUAAUGAAGAUCUAUGCGCAUAUUGUGGUUUAUCAGGGCCGUCGAACAACAACAAUAAACAAAGAAAAAAAGUUGUUUUUGUAGCUAUGAAAAAAAUGAAAGAAAGAAUAACACCAAGCAGACAAAAAUGGGGGGCGUAAUGAGCCGCGAACGUAUUCUUCCGCCCGCGGACUCUCGUGAUGGACACAUUUCAUCUAUCUUCGGUGUGGGAAUUUAAGCCUUUUACCGUGUAACUCUAUACAAAAUUAGAUUGUAUCUUUUAUCACAUACAAAAAGAUUCACGAACCAGGUGCUUUGGCAUAUGGUGAAAAAUAUCGAACGAUCUAGUUCACCCACACACUGAAUGGAUAUAAUAAUAUUGUUAUUGUAAGUGCUGCGUAUACGACUAAUAUUAUGUUUUUGGACAAACAACCGCCUCGUAUUCAACAGUUAAGUAACAAUAGAAUAGGUACAACUUAAGAGCCGGAAAAAUUGUUGGACUGAUAAAUUUGAAACAUGCGUAUCAGUUUUAAUAGAAUUAUAAAAGAUUUUCCGGCAUACAUUUAAAAAUUUGAUGAGGUAUGGAAAUCUAAAAUGCGUUCGGAGUGUCAUAAACACAUUUGUCGACUAAUUGAUCAUCACAAAAAUAAGCAAAAAUAAAUCUUAAAUUUCUAAAUUGUGAUUAAAAUGAACAAACUGGACGAAUACAAUAAUUUAAAUAGUUGUCGUAUAUAACAAUCACUCUAUAUACUCUACUAGAGUAGAGUAUUCCUCUCCCAAACCCUCCUAUGAUCUGUAUGGCUCUUUUAACUAUCACGUUGUUGGUAUUUAAAUGUACGAUGUAAAUCUCGAAAAGACAGUCAUUAAAAAAAAAAGAGUUAGACUUGUAAAAUUUAGAAUGUCACAACACAUUUUCUGUAAUUUGAUCCCAAUAGUGACAUAAAGGCGUGUCUCAAAAUCUGAACAAUAUACAAGUGCCUGUUAUGGAUUACGGUGCAACGGCUACCUCAAUCUUGUGCAUCCUGUGUAGUGUGGAGACUGUUUUUGGGUUUCCGUAUCCAGGAAAAUAGGUAGCUAAAUCAACUCGAUACCAUCAAUUCGUCAAGAGCAUCAACAAAAAAAAAAUAUUUCUGUAAACAGAUUAUUACAAUGGUGUACAACUAUACCAUUGUUCAUAAGUGUUAUAGAUUUGACGAGCAGAUAGGUCAAGACUGUCGAUAAUAGAGUUAUUAUGUCUGACGUUAUUAAACAGAUUUUUACAGUAAAUCACGAUCGAGAUGCUUAUCCAUUUGGUCUUUCAAAAUAAGCCAUUAUUACAACUAUUAUAAAUAUACGAAUUUUAUAUAUUAUUGUUGUUGUUAUUAUAUUAUAACAUUUUUCCAGAAGACGGGUGACAAUGGCUUCUAAUUUUGAUCGAGAAUCCCCUACGAUGUGUAUUUUUUUGUGAAUUAUGGGUAGACAAAAUAAAAGGGAUCCUUAACGAACUCGCACAUUGUAUUGGUUACUUACUACCGGUUUUCAUAUUAUGGCAAAAAACCAUUAUAGAUUGUGUCAUAAAUUAUAACUAGGUAUAGAACUACUCAAAUAAAUUCAUUGCAUAUUCAUUAUUUCUGACAAGUACUCUUAUUCAAAAUAUUAUCAAAAUCCAUUGUUGUUACUAUAACGCCACGAUAAAUCUCAAGUGGGUAAUUUUGUUUUAUCUAUUAUGUUGAAAUUUAGGAGAUUAAGCAUGAAUGAAGUGGUUUGUCCACUACCUUGGAGUCACGAAGAUAAUUCCGAAGAAAUUACUUAUGGAGAGAUAGAAGUAGCAAAUAAGAGUUUGUCGGAUGUUGUUGAUGCAUGUUUGUUGAAUGGCAAUUAUACUCUUGGUUAUGCAAUCGUUUUAAACGCUAUUGAAAGUAUGGGGAUUACAUACUUUUAUCGGUUCUGCGAGUUUGCAAGAGAAAUGAAUAAGAGAGGUGCUACAAUAAUAGAAUAUUUAAAAGAGUUUGACAUAAUAAGUCCAUUGAUUGUAUCGAAAUUUAAUAGGGAAUGGAUUUCUUCUGAGUCGUAUGAGUGUAUAUUAAUUGUUUACAAAAAAUACGGAAACAAAUAUAAAGAUUACAAAUUUAAUAAUGUAGACGAAGAAUACAGAAGUGAUUUAUUAAGCUGCAUGGAUUUGGUGAAAGAUAAAUUAUACUUUGUAAAAACUGAGUCUCAUAUAGAAUUAACAAAUAAUUUUUCCAAAGAGGAAUCAAUACAAAUAUACAAAAAUAAUGUUCAAUACAUUUCGAAGCUGAUCAAACUUACUUAUUCUGUUUUGAAAUCUGUAAUUCAGGGUGAAAAUGGAAGUUCAUGUAUUGUGUGUAUGCAAUAUGGUGGCAUGGUCAAUGAAAUUUACAGUUUUAUUCCAUGUGGACACGGAUGGUGCUGCGACAAGUGUAUUAUUCUAAUGGAAAAAUGUCCUAUAUGUCGUCAAAAUUUUACAGAUAUUCAGAAUUUCAAUAUUUUGACACCCGGGUCAUUAUUGAGUAAAAAUUAUCGGCUUUUAAAAUCAAUAUGCAUCUUUGAUCGAGAAGGGGCCCGUUGUGUAAGCUGUCUAAGUAAAAUAAAUGAUGUAAAUCCACCAAAAAAAUACGUUAUGAUACCAUGUGGCCAUGGUUGGUACUGUAAUAAGUGCAGUUCUCAAAUAAAUUGCAUUGUAUGUAACAAUAAGGUUGAAAAUGAAAUGUGUGUAUACUUAUAAGUAAAUGUAAAUAAAAUAUUUUGAUGUUUCAAUGAUUUAAAAAUGAAUUGAAGUUCUUUCCUUUAGAAAUAUUAUUUAUAUUAAUUUUAUUUCUUUUCCUAAAAUUUACAUUUCCUUUUUUAUACAAUAUUAAAUUAUCAAAUAAUAUUAUUUUUAAAUACACAUUAUGAAUACCUAAUUAAACUCGUAGCAUUACUAAUGAUAUUACUAAUUCUAAUACUAUAAUUAUAAGUUUAUUUAUCAG